UCGAGUCCUCAGCGAUGGUGGGGUCGUGUGGCGGUGAUUGGGGCAGGAAGUUCAGGUCUGGUCUGUAUAAAGGUCUGUGUCGAUGAAGGUCUGCAGCCCGUCUGCUUUGAGAGCAGCAAUGACAUCGGCGGCUUGUGGAGGUUCAAGGAGACGCCGGAGUCUGAGCGUGCCAGCAUCUACCGCUCCCUGGUAGUCAACACAUCCAAAGAGAUGAUGUGUUUCAGCGAUUAUCCAAUGCCUGCUGACUAUCCAAACUACAUGCACAACUCCCAGCUGCUGCAGUACUACAGGCUGUACGCUGAGCACUUCAACCUGCUCAGACACAUCCGCUUCAGGACUACGGUCCGGAGUGUCACACAGAGAGCAGAUUUCUCUGAGUCGGGUCAGUGGGACGUCGUGAGCGUGAACGGGGACGGAGAGGAGGAGAGACGUGUUUUUGAUGCAGUUCUGGUGUGUUCAGGUCACUACACUCAUCCAGCCUCACCUGUGACAGACUUUCCCGGGUACGAGACUUUUUCUGGUCGCUGUCUGCACAGCUGGGAGUAUAAAGACGCAGACGCCUGCAGGGGGAAGAGGGUGGUGGUGGUUGGGAUCGGAAACUCUGCAGGAGACAUCGCAGUCGAGCUCAGCCGAUCUGCUGAGAAGACGUUCCUGAGCACUAGGCAGGGGGCCUGGGUGAUUGGCAGGAUGUCCAGUAAUGGUCUCCCCCUGGACAUGACCGCCAUCACACGCUUCAAUAACAGACUCAUGCAGCUCCUCCCAAAGACUCUGAUCAACUGGGCUGCAGAGAGAUCUCUGAACAAGCAGUACGACCACCGACUGUACGGCCUGCAGCCCAGACACAGACCUCUGGCGCGGCCACUGAUCAACGAUGAUCUCCCCGGUCGGAUCCUUCAGGGAGCGCUCGUGAUGAAACCAAACCUGAGAGGGUUCAGAGAGUCUGGUGUGGAGUUUGAAGACGGCUCUGUGGAGGAGAACAUCGAUGCUGUGGUGUUCUGUACCGGUUAUAAAGGAACGUUCCCCUUCCUGCCUGCAGCUCUGACCGACGGGCCAAACGGAGAGUUCUUGCUCUACAAACAGCUGUUCCCUCCGUCUCUGUCCAAGCCCACGCUGGCCGUCAUGGGUCUCUUCCAGGCGAAAGGACCCAUCAUGCUUAUCGUGGAGAUGCAGGCCAGGUGGGCAGUGGAGAGUCUUCACAGGUUUUCUGUCGUCCUCCCGUCUGAGGAGAGAAUGCUGGAUGUUGUUUGAGUCGAGAGGAAGAUGAACAUGAAGAGUUACCCCUGCCCCCGUCAGGGCGGCGAUCCAGGUGGAUUCAUCUCUUACCUGGACUUCAUGGCUGGAGAGGUCGGGGUCCGGCCGAACCUCCUGACCCUCCUGCUGACCGAUCUGCUCUGGAUGAUGGUUUUAUUCGGUCCGGUCACUCCGUAUCAGUUCCGUCUGACCGGGCCUGGAUGCUGGGCAGGAGCCCGAAACACCAUCCUGACUCAGUGGGAGCGGGUGGUUCAGCCUUUCAGGACCAGAACAGUACCAGAACCAGAGCGCAGGACCGGCCCGGCUCAGUUCUCUCCGCUACUCUCUACACAGAACCGGGACCAAACCGGAUCAGAGCCGGACCACACAGAAGCAGAAAGAACCGAGGAGACAGCGGCAGGAAUCCGCAUCUGGCUGGUGUAG